AUGUUGAAGGUACACUUCCCGGAGGUGAAAAUGUUGAAGGUACACUUCCCGGAGGUGAAAAUGUCGAAAGUACACUUCCCGGAGGUGAAAAUGUCGAAAGUACACUUCCCGGAGGUGAAAAUGUUGAAGGUACACUUCCCGGAGGUGAAAAUGUUGAAGGUACACUUCCCGGAGGUGAAAAUGUCGAAAGUACACUUCCCGGAGGUGAAAAUGUCGAAAGUACACUUCCCGGAGGUGAAAAUGUUGAAGGUACACUUCCCGGAGGUGAAAAUGUUGAAGGUACACUUCCCGGAGGUGAAAAUGUCGAAAGUACACUUCCCGGAGGUGAAAAUGUCGAAAGUACACUUCCCGGAGGUGAAAAUGUUGAAGGUACACUUCCCGGAGGUGAAAAUGUUGAAGGUACACUUCCCGGAGGUGAAAAUGUCGAAAGUACACUUCCCGGAGGUGAAAAUGUCGAAAGUACACUUCCCGGAGGUGAAAAUGUUGAAGGUACACUUCCCGGAGGUGAAAAUGUUGAAGGUACACUUCCCGGAGGUGAAAAUGUCGAAAGUACACUUCCCGGAGGUGAAAAUGUCGAAAGUACACUUCCCGGAGGUGAAAACGUGGAAGGUACACUUCCCGGAGGUGAAAAUGUCGAAGGUACACUUCCCGGAGGUGAAAAUGUCGAAAGUACACUUCCCGGAGGUGAGAAUGCGGAGGACACUCGAGUAUGGGUGAUGAGCAGAGAAUAUUCUUGUGCACAUUAUGAUCGCUAUUGUAAUGCUCAGUUCGCAUGUUGUGAACCUUUCUGGCCCUGUCACCGCUGUCAUAACGCAUCGAGUCAGUGUGGUGAGACAAAACUGAGAUCUCGUGAUAUAAAGAAACUGAAAUGUCGUAGGUGUGGUAAAGUACAAGAUUUCCCCAAAGAAUCGCCAAAUUGUGUGGAAUGUAGCUUGAAGUUUGCUGAGUAUUUCUGUGCAAUAUGUCAGCAUUUGACUGGAGAGCAGAAUCGCCCAUUUCAUUGCGAGAAAUGUGGUAUCUGUAGGUACGUACAGGCCCGUUCACACGUGCGAUUUUUGCUGCGAUUUUAGUUGCAAUUUUCUCCUCUGAAGGAGUAGAUUACUUAAUGAUGUUAUGAGAUUUCAUAACCUGGAACAUUUAUAACUCAUCCACUCCUUUACAUCCUCCAAAAGGAGAAAAUUGCAACUAAAAUCGCAGCAAAAAUCGCCCGUGUAAACGGGCCUUACCAUAAAUGAAUACUUUCACAAUAUUUUCUGUAGUACUGGACUUGUCUAGCAACUUUGCUGCGACACAACUUAUGCCUUGCAAUCGUCGAGUCUCGUAACGUAUUCGUUGCAAAGAGCGUGGCACAAAAUAGAACCUAAUUCUAUUUUGAUAUACAACGCUGCCAGCAAAAAAAUGUGGCGAGACUCAACGAUUGGAGGGGAUGUUACACUUUUCAAUUUUACGUGCAAGUUGCAGGGUGUAUAACAGUGCUUGUUCGUAAGCGAUGUAUAGUAAAUCAUAAUAUGCUUUCCUUCUGUUCUAGGGUACAUGGAGAUCGCUCGUUUCAUUGUGAUACCUGUGGUGUGUGUUUGGAUGUUAAUCUUCGUGGAAAGCACAGAUGUCGCGAAGGAGCAGCUAGAGAACGGAGCUCUCCUUCCAAUCGGUUUAACGACCCACAUGUCCGAGGGGCGGAGGCCUUGGUGCAAGGAAGUAAUAGGGCCAUUUAUACGAGUAAAUAAGUCGCGAACGAUUCAUAUAAUUCAAUUUGUUCGCAGGCCGCGGCUAAGAUAACUAAAUAAGCCCAGGGUUGAAAGCUAGGCCUAAAUAAGCCGCCGCUUAUUGCAAAUUGACUGUUUAUACGAGUUGUUCGCGACUUAUUUAGGUCGCGUCUUAUUUUUGCUCAUAUAAAUGGCCCUACUGAACCACAAAAAAAGCGACAGGGGUAGCAACCACCUUGUACAACAACUACAAGUUUCUGUUACUCUCCCUGGGCUGAAGGUUUCUUUCCUCAAGGACUGGACUUCUCAAAAUUUCUCGAUCGAGAACGCUCAAAACGAAAUUGGCACAGAGAUGAUUAUCACUUUUUCAAUUUUAUAAAAAACAUUGUAAAAUUUUGACUAGAUCCAUCAUUUGCCUUUUUCAAGGGGAGGUGCAAAAAAUCUCAGGCACCUCGCCACACCUCCCCUCAAAAUCUGGCCAUGAGUUUUACCAUAGAAAACCCUAUCAUUUAAGUGUGAUUUUCUUGUGAAUUGAAAACAAGUAAAAUGCUCAAAUUUCACUCUAAAUAGUACGAUCUGUACGUCAUACGUUGAAAAAACUAGAAAAAAAUGCAUGUAACGUUUAGAAUUAAGACGGCUGUUCAGAAACAAUGCAUUUUAUUGUUGUAUCUUUUAUUUUAGGACAACAUUUGCAAGGACCAGGAAAUGAUUUUGGACGCCUUCUUCCAUGUAAGAAUUUUACAUACAUGUUAGAAUGAAUUGUAAUCUAUUAUCUUCUUGAAAGUACACCAAAACUUAUUCCAAAUUUAACUUGUCUUUUUCAGGCAUCCCUGGAAGUCUAGAUGAUGAAGAAGAACAGUGUCUUUCUGUUUCAGGUACCGUCCAGACACCAAUCUCGUAUCUCCAGAUAAGUAACAUUACUUAUUGGAUUCCUGCCCAAUAUUGCAAAGCAUUAUUAGGUCGAGACCGAAAGCCCAGCCUAAUGUUGUAAGUCGAGAUUUAGAUAUCUAUUAUAUAUUUUAGGCAUCCUACAGAGCCUAGAUGGCUCUACAGGCAAUGUUUUUGGCGCUGUCCAGUCACUGGAUAUGUCAUUGGAUGACUGA